UGUUUUGUAGUGGACAGCUAUUAAAAAGGGAAGCACAUGCACUAAUUAGUUUUGAGAGGUGAAGAGGAGACAUAAGGUAUUUCCUGCUGGGAAGACAUGGAGUAUUUAAAUCCCAAGUUCCACUUGGAUUUGCAACCUUGAAAAAUUUUUCCAUAAUCUUCCCCAAGGACACAACCAGAACUCCCUGGGGAGUGGGGUGGGGGCUGUUAAUGAAAUUGGAACCCCAUUUUCUUGAUAAACCAGUUUAAUCUGAAGUCUGGUGGGCCAGGGCAUGGAGGAGCUUUGCUACGGCUUCGAGGAAGGAGACCCCACUGCGGAAUGUCUCCUCUGGGAGCCAGCGGAUCCCGACACCCAGCUGGAGAACUUUCUCCUGGAGUGCCUGGAAGAGCCCUCCCAGCCAGGGCCAGUGGGUGCUGAGCUGGACAAGCGCCCGGUCCCACCAGAGCCGCCUGGGCAGCCUGGGCAGCGGCGCGCCGCCAACCUCCGCGAGCGGAGGCGGAUGCUGAGCAUCAACGCGGCCUUCGAGGCGCUGCGCGGCCACGUGCCCACCUUCCCCUACGAGAGGCGCCUGUCCAAGAUCGACACGCUGCGCUUAGCCAUUGCCUACAUCGCCCUGCUUGGGGACAUCCUCCUGUCCGGCUGCCACCCCAAGGCCUACGUGGAGCAGUGCCUGAGGAGCGGCGCUCGCAGCCCCCAGCAGGCAGCCUGGAACACCAGCGAUCUGACAGCCCGCCUGUCCUGGGUAAAGUGGGAUUAAGAAAAGGCCUUUAAAGGCAGCAAAACCUGGAGUGCUGGGUACCAGCUGCUCAAUUCCCAGAGCUGCAAGAGAGAACAAGUCACCAACGACCUCACUCAUUGUCCCAGAGCACUUCCCCACCACAUUUCCAGCACCCAGCCCCUUUCUCUGCUGAUUCAUCGCUCUCUGGGGCCUUCUGCUUCUCUUUCUCACUCUGAUAGACCUGCACUCACUUAAGAAUAGCAAAACAUUGAAAACCAGCACAACCACAGCCCUAACAUUUUCUCUUCCACUGUAUGAGGAUUAUGUCCAAAUCCCACUUCCAGCACAUGAGAAAAAAGAUCAUAAGAAAAAAACUAAGCAACACCUGUGAAAAUCUAGUGAUUGGCUCAAGAUAUCCAGUGUGAUGGUUGUGGAAGUCACCAGUGAUUCAGAGACCAUGGAAGUCCAGGAGGUGAGACAUGGCUCUGUAGAUACCCAAAAUUUUUCAUGUCUUCACAGAAUCCCAGAAAGGUUUGGGUGGAAGGAACCUUAAAGCUCAUUCAUUC